AUGGGAGACAUCCUCCAUAACCUCAGUUUCAUCUUCCAAUUCAAUAGAGUCCAGUUCCGAAAAAUGGGUCGACGGACUCGCCAUACAAACCAGGACAUUCGGAACUGGAUUCGCAACAUUGAACAGCAUGCUUCUGAUAAUGUCAACAAGAUACUGGUAGGGAACAAGGCUGAUAUGGAUGAAAGCAAAAGGGCUGUGCCAACCUCUAAGGGCCAAGCACUUGCAGAUGAAUAUGGCAUUAAAUUCUUUGAAACUAGUGCAAAGACAAAUCUUAAUGUUGAGCAAGUCUUCUUUUCAAUAGCUAGGGAUAUAAAGCAAAGGCUCGCUGACACCGACUCCAGGGCAGAGCAGCCACAAACUAUCAAAAUCAAUCAACCAGAGCAGGGGGUUGCAGGUGGUCAACUUGCGCAAAAAUUAGCUUGCUGCGGUUCUUAAACGAACAAGUUAUUG